ACAAAUGUGACACUAAGCUCAGCGUUGCCGUGACCGCUACCCUGCUUCAAAGAUGACAGACCCGACGUCCGCCAGCGACGUGCAGAACGUCUACCUGACGUCGAAAGACAUAAAAUACGACCCGCCAUUGCCGGCGCAAGCUGUGAAUUACGUCCGCGAUUUCAUCAAGAAACAUGCCGGCCAGCGUCCCGGCGAGCUGGCGGAUCUUGCGCGCUACACGGCGGUGCUCGAGCCUGAUGUUGCACGGAAGAAGCGUGGCAGCGACCAAAAGGGGAGGAAGGGCAAGCUGCUCACUUGUCGAGAGAAACGCAAGUUGGGCAUCUUCAACGUGCACAAGGACAAACUGUCGUACGCAUCGUUCGUGCCCAUCCACCUGAUGUGGAAGGAUUACUUCCGGGGUCUCGUACGCGACCAAGUGACUGAACAUUCGCGGCUCCUGAAAGCCGAGUACACGGGCUGCUUUCUAACGGUCGCCGAGUCCCGCUGCCCGUCGUACGUGGGCGCCAGAGGCAUCGUCGUCCAGGAAACCAAGAACGUGUUUCGCCUGAUCACCGAGCAGAGUGUGGUGCGUACGGUGCCCAAGGCGCACACUGCGUUUGCCUUCGAGCUUGAUGGGAGGAUCUACAAGAUCUACGGCAGCCACUUCCGUGUCCACAGCUUCGAGAGAAUGAAGGCAAAGUUCAAGGCGCGCGGUGUUAUCGGCCUGUGAUUAUAGCAGAGAUUACAUUAUAGCAUGUUCACUUGAGUCACGUUCGACUUUCGAUAAAUGUGUGAAAUUUACAUAACUUUAUGCCAAAACUCUAUGCCAAGGUGCUGGAGACUCCAUAGAAAGCAAGUCAAGUUGGGAUGCGAAUGACUGCAUUUUAUAGAGAGCCUCCAUAAUUACAUAGUAAUUGAAUAUUCAUUUAUUGUAGAGUCUGCCAUGCUACGUUUCUCCAUUAAAUAUAUAUUGGAUCACCCGCUCAAA